CCCAUCUCUACAGUAACAAGACGUACUGAAGUACAAUUAGUAGUAUAUACAGCUGCAGUUCAGGUACUCUUGGAAUUUCCUGUCCACAUUGCUGAAUUGGCAUAAUAUUACUGAAUACUGAGUACUGACAUAAUGUCUAGACACUGGAUGGCGUCUGUGUUCAGUUCAGAAACAAUUGACGAUGUCACAGAUAUCGCUGAAAGCUUAAAACAGUUGUCUGUUGCAAGAGCCCAAAUUAAUUUGUUGAGGAAACAGAACGAGUCUUUAAAAAAACAGCUGAAUGAAAAGGAUUUGAUUGUUUCAAAUGGACCAAGCACAGCUAGCAGCUCUGAAAAAAUAGAACUAUCCAUUAUAGGAACAAUAAAAACAAAAUUUAAAGAACGUAGAUGUGUACCACGACAACCUGGUCUCUGUCCUCUAGCCCAAGCUUGCCUGACUAUAUCGAACUCUAUAUUCACUAAUCCAAACCACGCUCUUGAAGGUCUCUCAGAUUUCUCUCAUAUGUGGAUUUUGUUUCAUUUUCAUAAAAAUGAAACUACUCAUGUCCAUGCAAAAGUAUCACCACCAAGAUUAAACGGACUGCGAACUGGUGUACUUGGAACUCGAUCUCCACACCGACCCUCACCAAUUGGUUUGUCUCUAGUGCAAAUUGAUAAAGUUGAAGGAAAUUCUGUGUAUUUUUCUGGUGUGGACAUGAUAGAUGGUACUCCAGUGCUCGAUAUCAAGCCAUAUAUUCCACAUUAUGAUGCGCCAGCUACCCUUAGAUCUGACCAACAUGUUUCAUUAUUUGAUAACGGUUCACAUCAAAUACUAUUGGAUCCAUUGACAUCUGACCGAGAAGCGCCCGAUGGAGAGGAAACUGAUGCAUAUGAUAUGCCACUUUCUCCACUUCAUACAAGGGUCCGGGUACCAUUGUGGAUUACAGAACCACUGAUGCAACAACUAACAGUGGAGUUCUCGUCAAGAGCAAGAGAAUUUUUGAACUCAUUGGAUACUAAUGAUAUUGAAGCGACUAUAGUAAGCAUAUUGAAAGAAGAUCCUCGGUCGGUUUAUGUCCGCGAACGUUAUAGUAAUCAGUUUUACACAUUCUUAAUCGGAGGCUAUCAUGUGAGUUGCAAGUUUGAUGAUACUAAACACACAAUUAGUGUCUAUAGAAUAUCACACGUUGAUAGUAUGGAGAAUGUAGCUGAUCAAGAAGGAGCCCAAUGUUUGUCUAUAGGUUAAUUCAUAAGUAAUUAAUAAUAAUUUUAACUUUUAUAAUUAUGUUCCUUUGUUACAUCUAUCUCUUUUUCGAAAUAUUAUUAUGCUAUUUAUAUAAUAGUUAAUACUAGUGGGGUAGUGUGGUAUGAAAUUAAUUUUAUUGUAUUUUAUACAAUACUAUAAUCGCUCUGCUGAGGCCUGAGAGAGGCAAAGCGCUACAAGUUACAACUCGUGGACGUAUCCAUAUGACUGAUCUCCACGUUUUCGUACCCAAAUUUAUAUUUAAAUUUACAUUGUACUCUCUACCACCUAGUCACCACUGCAAAUUCCCCCACUCGCUACGCGGCGACGGCAAUUGAUUCCACGUCUGCCGAGUGGAAACCGUUGGUUGUAUACACCGGCUCAAAAAUCACAACACGAAAAAUCUAACACCUGGCGACUGGCGGUGCUAUUAUCAUUGAUUAUAAGGUAAUCGGAAAAAAAAUUACCGAAAAUCUUAUUUUUGUAGGUAGGUAAUUGUACAGUUCUAUAGUUGUGCUUUGUAUUUUAGUGUGUAAGUGUAAUCAAUAAAAUGCCUGUACAUAUUAUAUAUUUGUCAUCUACCAUAAUAAGUAAUAAAUAAUAGAAAUAAAAGUUUACU